CGUCAAUAUUUUGUAGAUUAGCCUUAUAAAAAAUUUCAAAAGUCACGCACUCAGAUAACUCACAAGCUCCGGAUCUCAAAUUAGUAUUCUCCAACCCCUCAACAACCAACCAACCAUGGCAACUCGUAUCCAAUUCGAAAACAGUAGUGAAAUCGGCGUGUUCUCAAAACUCACCAACAGCUACUGCCUAGCUGCAAUCCAAGGCAGUGCAAACUUCUACUCGGCCUUUGAGGCUGAACUUGGCGAAGUCAUUCCCAUCGUACAUUCUACGAUCGGCGGCACCCGCAUCGUCGGGAGAUUGACUGCAGGAAAUAGACAUGGUCUCCUCGUCCCUUCAACAACGACUGAUCAAGAACUGCAGCAUCUACGCAACUCUCUUCCUGACGCUGUGUCGAUCCAGCGAAUCGAAGAACGUCUAUCUGCUCUGGGAAACGUUAUCGCUUGCAACGACUACGUUGCCCUCGUCCACCCUGACGUUGAUCGCGAGACAGAAGAAAUAAUCGCUGAUGUGCUCAAGGUCGAGGUUUUUAGGCAGACCGUCGCAGAUAACGUCCUUGUGGGAAGCUAUUGUGCGAUCUCAAAUCAGGGUGGACUUGUUCAUCCAAAGACGAGUGUUCAGGACCAGGAUGAACUAAGUAGCCUUCUGCAAAUUCCCCUCGUGGCUGGUACUGUCAACCGAGGUUCAGACGUUAUCGGUGGAGGUCUUGUCGUGAACGACUGGUGCGCGUUUACUGGGCUUGACACUACCGCCACAGAGAUCAGUGUCAUCGAAGCUGCAUUCAAGCUUCAAGGACAAAGUUCUUCAGCUGUCAUUGGAGAGAUGCGGGAUUCUCUUAUCGAUAACUGGGCAUGAUUUCACCGUCACACAUCCUGUUACUGUUACAUAUACCUUCACGUCUACCUUCACUUACACUUGAAGCGCAACCUCAGUCUACAUCAUGAACUUUGUAUCUUUACGCUCAUAAGUCAUUGACAAUGGAAAAACAGGAAGAGGAAUUUAUUGGAGACUA